UAUAUAUUACGGACUACGGAGUAGUGUAGAAUUGUCAAAGCUACUACAAAGAAGGAGAAAGAAAAGGGAGUGAGAGAGAGACCAACAAAAAUAAAAAAAAAAAUGGAAACACCACUUAUCAAUCAAAGAGAUGAAAAUGAGAAGUGGAAAAAAGGUGCGAUUGAAGAGGUGAAGAAACAAGUAUGGUUAGCAGGACCAUUGAUAUGUGUAAACAUAUUGCUGUUUAGUUUGCAGUUGAUAUCUGUUAUGUUUGUUGGUCAUCUUGGUGAGUUACCACUUGCUGGUGCUUCCAUGGCUACUUCUUUUGCUACUGUCACUGGUUUCAGCUUGUUGAUGGGAAUGUCAAGUGCCUUAGACACAUUCUGUGGACAAUCAUACGGAGCGAAGCAAUAUCAUAUGUUAGGAAUACAUUUACAAAGAGCUAUGAUCGUCCUUGUUGCUGCAAGCGUUCCCCUUGCUAUUAUAUGGGCAAAUUCUAGAUCACUUCUUUUAGCAGUUGGUCAAGAUGAUCAAAUUGCAGCUCAAGCUGGACACUAUGCUCAAUUCUUGAUCCCUGGUCUCUUUGCAUAUGGUCUUCUUUACUCACUUCAGAGAUUCUUACAAACCCAGAACAUCGUUUUCCCUAUGAUGAUAACUGCAGGGAUCACUGCACUACUGCAUUUGCCAGUUUGCUGGAUUUUGGUCUUCAAAUCUGGGCUUGGAAACCGAGGAGCUGCCCUUGCAACUGGUGUAUCUUAUUGGAUUAAUGUAAUAUUGCUAGCACUUUAUGUUAAGUUUUCUUCUUCGUGCUCAAAAACUUGGACAGGUUUUUCUACUGAAGCUCUGCAUGAUUUACCUGCAUUCGUCAGACUCAGUAUUCCCUCUGCUUGUAUGGUAUGUUUAGAAAUGUGGUCAUUUGAAAUGAUGGUUCUCUUAGCUGGUCUUCUUCCCAACCCAACAUUAGAAACAUCCGCGCUUUCUAUCAGUCUCAACACAGCUGCACUUGUGUGGAUGAUCCCCUUUGGUCUAAGUGGUGCUGUCAGUACUCGAGUUUCCAACGAGUUAGGAGCUGGGCGCCCUGAAGCAGCACGAGCAGCAAUAUCAGUUGUUAUGUUCCUAGUGAUUAGCGAGGGAAUUUUGAUAGGAACCAUACUAAUCUUGAUCCGUAAUAUUUGGGGAUAUGCUUAUAGCAAUGAAGAAGAAGUGGUCAGUUAUGUAGCUGUAAUGAUGCCUAUACUUGCAGCAGUUAACCUCCUAGAUGGACUUCAAUCUGUUCUUUCUGGAACUGUUAGAGGAUGCGGGAAACAGAAAAUUGGGGCAUUUAUCAAUCUUGGAGCUUAUUACAUCAUUGGAAUUCCUUUUGCUGUUCUGCUAGCUUUUGUAUUCCACGUUGGAGGGAAGGGUUUGUGGCUGGGGAUAAUCUGUGCUCUGAUUGUGCAAGUCGUGUCGCUUUUCGUCCUCACGGUUAGAACAGACUGGGAUCAUGAAGGGAAGAAAGCAAGGGAAAGAGUGUAUGACACAGUUAUCCCUGUUGAAUCAGUAUCCUGAUUCUGAUUCUGAAUUCAAUCCAGAUAUGAAGCAGAUAUCUGAAUUACCUUGACAUCAAAUAUGGUUUUGAGUAUUAGUGGAUUAGUUUCUCAACAUCUUACGGAGAGAAUUCAAUUUUGUUCCAUUUGAAAUAAUACCUGCUUUUGUUCUAGCUGGAAAAUAUGGUACUAUCUUGGAUACUGAAAGUAACAUUCUAAGUUUUUACAAAUGCACCAAACCAUGAACAACUCUUUUUUCCCCAUAAACGACUAAAAGUGCUUGUAAAGAGAA